UAAAAUACCACACUGGUUUACGGCCUCGCGCCAUUUUAAGAAAGGAACGACUCGUUCAGCUUGGUGAGAGUACACGUUGGGUAUUGUGUGGACCGAAAUACACACAAAAAUACUAAAGGGAUUUAAGAAAUUCAUCGACGAAGAUUUCCCACAGAAACACGCAGAGAUUAUUGGGCUAAAAUCGGAGGUUUCGUCGGAACCGAAUGAGAAGUUGAGGUGAACAAUGACUCAGUUUCUUCCGCCGAACCUGCUGGCAUUGUUUGCCCCGCGGGACCCGAUACCGUUCCUGCCUCAGCUGGAGAAGCUUCCCCACGAGAAACACCACAACCAGCCGUACUGCGGAAUUGCCCCUUUCAUCCGGCAUUUUGAGGACCCCAGAGAUGCGCCGCCACCCACAAGAGCAGAGACGCGGGAGGAGAGGUUGGAGAGAAAGAGAAGAGAGAAGAUGGAAAGGAGGCAAGUAGUGGUGGAAACAGAACUGAAGCUAUGGGACCCACAUAACGAUACUAAUGCUCAAGGAGAUGCGUUUAAGACCUUGUUUGUUGCUCGAAUUAAUUAUGACACCACAGAAUCCAAACUACGGCGCGAGUUUGAAGUCUAUGGUCCUAUCAAACGGAUCUACAUUGUCUACAACAAGAAAACUGGAAAACCAAGAGGCUAUGCGUUCAUUGAAUAUGAACACGAGAGAGACAUGCACUCCGCCUAUCUCUGAUGGCUAUUGGCCAGAGCUGGCUUGCAGAUCAUGAUGAUGGUUUUGAUACAUCUACACCCUACUACCACAGCUCAGUAUAUGGUUGGUAUGAUGGGUUUGUAUGAUGGGUAAGAUUUCUUUACACCCCUCAUCUAAUUUUAGUUGAUAGGUGAUAGGUGUACCAAAUCACUUCUCAUCUGCCCCAUUUUAGGGCUAAACAUAGCCAGUUGUCAUUGAACGUGGCUUGGGCCAGUUAUAGUGAGUGCGAGCCUGUCAUUAAUCUCUUCUAUUAAAGCCAUUGUACUAUUCGUGGUUGUACCCUGCAAGGUUUAGACCGUGCGGUUUAGUGACAUUUGAAACCGAACUGUGUUGUAAACAACCUGUUUUUUGUGUUGCAACACACAAUUGCCAUAUCGUAGUGGAUGGUUAUCUCGUUAAAAUAUGCAGAAUAGAUUUUUAUUAACACUUAUUACACAAAGUUAAGUGUGCCCCCCCCCCCCCCUCCACAAGGUUGUCAUCCCUGCCAUAAAAGUGCAGUUACACUUAGUUUUUCAGUGAAUUUUUGCAGAGGAAAUCCAGUCAUUUCAAUAGUAAUCCACAUGAUGUAGAAUUUUGUGUUUUGGUUGGGUAGAUUUACCCACGCAGAUUUCGCUAUGGGUUCAAGUUGGUCACGCAGAUUUGGCAUGUUGAUAGACAGAAAGCUGCUUGUUUUGAAAGUGACUUAGCUACACUAUUAACAAUUUGACAGUGGAUCUUUUUUCCUUCAAAAUUUUGUGCUAAUGUGAUUGCACCUUAAUACUGUUGCUAUGCAACAACUAGAAGAAAAGUAUCUGCUUGUGUUGUGCAGAGACGAUGUGAAUGUUUCUUAUUACUAUAACUGUUACUAUACUGGUAAGUGUUACUAUAAUCAAAUAAGCCACAGAACCGUAACUGUUUUGUAAUGUAAAUAAUGGCACAAAAGACUUAUUUGGUAAUGUAUUUUUAUUAAAAUCAAAAUUCUUAGUGUGUAGGCACUAUAUUCGCUGAAAUGGUGGUGUUGGCUUUAAUAGAAUUGGUUAACCAAAGGCUUUGGAUAUUCAAAUCAUCGCACGGAACCUAAAUACAUUUAAAGAUUCUUAUUGCCAUGGAUUCACCUUGUACAGCAUCAAUGGUUCAAAUUCAGUCCCAGAGUUCCUCUGAGAGACACGUGAUCCAUAGGCCUAAGAAAUGUCUAUUUAGGUCGAGCGAGGAGCUGCAAACUUUGUUUCUGAACUGGCUAUUUAAAUCCUUAUCUGUAAAGCUCGUAAUGGGCUAAGAAAAUGACAUGGAUAGAACCAAUAAAAUAUGAAUUAUCUUUACUUUUCUUAACACAUGUUAAGGGUUUAUACCAUUUCGUUUCAUGAUACUCAUAUUUCUGAAUUUGAAUUCUAGGUUUAAAAAAAAUUCUAGAUCUUUUAAAAUGUCACUUGCAAGGCCCUGUAGAAUCGUAAAGAAAUUUAAAUUGAAUGGAAAAACUGAUCUGAGAGAUUUUGUUAUGGAUAUAAGGGUGGUUGGUAAGCCCCUCUUGUUGGUUAGUUAGGUGAGGGUUGUGGUAAGGCCCUCUGUUAACUGUUAAAAAUGAGGGUGGAUGGUAAGGCCCUCUUGUUGGGUAGGUGCGCUGAGGGUGUUUGGUAAGCCCCUCUAGUUUGGUAUGGUAGUCUGAGGGUUGUUGGUAAGGCCCUCUGGAUGAGAUGUCAGGACAGGUGUGUGCAAAAUAACUUGAGGGUUUGAUGGUAACGCCCUCAUGAUGGGUUUCAACUGAACGCCAUCGACAGUGCAGACCAGAGUAGCUUCGUGGAUUUCAUCGUAUCCCUUGUUGAAGGAUUGGAUCCCUAAUUCCUUGGUUCAAGGUUGUCCAGUUUUGUUUAAAAAAAAAAAAAAGGGGAAGAAAAAAAAAUAAAAAAUUAUCAAAUGUACUGAAAGACAUUGAUUCGAAGCUGCUGGAAUCGCCAGGCUACGUUUCCGUGGGGUUUUCCAUCAAGGACUUCAUCCUUGGCCAGGUGUUAUGGUAAGAUAGCAUCUCCAGGUAAUGUGGUAAGACUGAGAUAAUGAAUAAAUACUUAAGGGCUUAGACUUAGACCAGCAGAAGGAAAAGACCCAAGGGAAUUGGCCAUAUUGAAGUGUGUGGGAAUUGUGUAACUUAUUUAAAAGUACUUCUAGCAUACCCAUUAUUUAUAAUAUAUAAAAGCUAAAAUCUGCAACUUUUUUCCCCCCUUUGGUCUGUCGUGAUGUGAGUAAGGUGCUUUAAUGCUCAUAGAAAUUCUGUAUGAGUGUGAAUGAAUGUUUCUGAGAGAAUUCGGAGAAUGGAAAGGAUGGCUUUUUGCUUAACUGUAUUCACUAAGUGCCUUUUUUUUUCCUUAUUGUGGCUUUCUAUCAAGGUUUAAUGAGAAUAAAAUGGCAUUAAUGGGCAGUUUAAUGUGGAUCACACUUAAUUUGGAGAUGACUUUAGUGGUCCAAGCUGUUGAGUACAAUACUGCUUUGUUUUUGUGAUCCACCUUGCACUGUGUUAGAAGAACUGCCUCAAAUUUUAUUUGUGCCAGUUUCGAGGUCUACCGUAGCACCUUAUUUCUUUCUGAAUUCCAGAAAGAUGGCAUUUUCCCUGAAUAUUACGUAGUUUUUCGAAAGCACGUUUUAGUGUCUAAACUAAACUCUAAAGGCGGGUGUACACUGUGCGAAUCUGGGAGGUUGGGAGUCAUUGUAUAUGUUACGGGUAAAUCAGAUAAUCCCAUCAAAGCAGCUGGUACAUGGCACGACUGUAUUGCAUGGCGAGCCAGCAGCAAUUGCAUGAGCUUUCACGCUUAACACGGAGACUGGACCGUGUUCCUGCUGUAGCCUCCGAUAGAAAAACCAAAGAGAAUAAAAAGAUGGGUGUGCAAAUGAUUUGGUGAAAAGCAGAGAACAGCACAGCCAUUCCUUUCAACAAAGAAAGAACCAGAGAGUGUAUUUGUGUCCGUGUAUGUGCACGCUGUAGGGUUGCAGCCACUGGGCUGCUAUAAUGUUCAUAGAUCUAGCCUAUGUGACAUGGUUAUGUAUGAUUUGGCAAUAGGGACAGCAUAUAGACUGGUAAAAAUCGGGCCGACUUCUCAAAUUUAAAAAAAAAAAAAAAAAAAGUUUAUGAAUUACUGGGAUGUUGGGAGGUGCUCCUGACGUGCUCGGCCCAUAAUUCCUCUCACACAAAGCAAGCCACGACCAUACGAGCAACAACGAUUUCCAAUCGAUUUCUACCGAGAGAAGAGAAAUCGCCUGCAAGCUCAUACGACAAAAGAAAACGUACAGUGUAUGCCCGGCUUAAGUGGUAUCUGGAGUUUGAAUCUUCAUACUGAGAAUUUGGAUGCCACUGCAAUGUUUUAACAUUCCCUGAUCCAUUAUCCUUAAAUGUAAGGUAUUUGGCAUAUUUUUCAGCAACUUGCAAUAUUCAGUUUAGGUUUUAUUUGUCAAGUGCUGAAAUUAGCAUAUGGAUCAUGAAUUCAUAACAGGCUGUUUCUUAAGCAUUGAAAUUAUUUUAUGGAAUGCAGUCUGGAAAAUCUGCUUAAAUCCAUAAUCCAAAUCAUGAACAUCAGUAAUUGGUAAAUGUUUUUUUUUUUUUUCUUUUUUUUUUUUUUUUUUUUUAAAUGUUGUUUUUGUGAUUUAUUAAUGUGUGCCUCAAUCCAUGCAGGUAAUCAUUAACUAAAACUGUAGAAGAUAUUUUUUUUUUUUUUUUAGAAUUACUUUAUUUAUUUAUUUAUUUAUUUAUUUAAGUUUUUUAAGCUCAUGACAGCAUUGUCAGUUUAUCUCAUUCCUGGUGUCUUAUCCAUUCGGAGGUAAGCGCGUGUCUUCAAAUAGCUUAAAAUGUUUUGAAUGGAGUUCCUCCCAAAUUCAAGGUAUGUAGUA